AUGGAGCAUAUCGGGGUGGGGGACUGCCAAACGCACCAGGUCCUCUGGUGGGACGCGCGAAUCCGCAACUGUGUCAAGGAGGUGGAGCGCAACGGCGGCAGACUAGACACGCACCAGAUCCACCCAGAGAUUUUGAAGCACAUUAGCGAGGGAAAGGCGGCCGGUCUCUACCUCGACUCGGCCGCUGGCCAGGCCUUCGGGAACAGCCUGUUCCUGAGGCAAAACCCACAGUUCGCUCACAACUUCCGCGCAAGCGGCGCAGCAGGUGGAUACCCCCCUGUUUUACCCAACCCAAUCAGCAGCUACGUGGGGCACGUCUCUCCGUCAGCGGCUCCGCUCCCUCCGCGGGGAAGAGUGGCCGGUCAAGCGGCAGCGGCGUACCCGGCUGAUGACAUCCUAGACGUCGGGACCGUCCAUCGCGUCGGCGCGGCUAUGAUCGCCAGGGCUGCUCUCCCGUCGCUGGGGUCUUCGCCUCACCAAGCGGCCCUGAACGCCAACCGGUACGGUGCCGCUGUUCCCGCGCCGCAGAAAAGCCCACCCGGCGGGCACACGCAGCCCCAAGGUUUCGGACCGAACGCCGCGACCGACUCGACGCAGUCGUCCCAGUGGAACACCUACCAACAACAACACGUCCUGCACCCCGGGCGAGGGGAGCAGUACCCCCCCGCGCAGACACGGCCGGAGGUGGCGCGUUUCGAUCAGGGGCCGGCCGCGCCCGCUGUGGCGCCGGGCGAAUCCCGUACCGGAACGAACCGCCGUGCGGAUGCCUGGACCCCGUCGGAGGGCGGUCGCAAGAACAAGGACAAGGGGAAGAAAGAUUGUGUCACGCCGGGAGGACAGCUCAAUGUGCCGCCGCAAGCCACGGAGAUAGGGGUCAACUCCGCCGCGGCGCCGUCACCGGUGCGGCAUGCCGACGCAGCUCUCCGCCAUCAACAAGAGCAACCGGCGACUCACGAGAAAGACCCGUUGAACCAAAAUACCCACCACGUCAGCCCACCGUCGUCCGAGACGAAGGUGGAGCCGGGCACGGCGGCGGCGGCGGCGGCGGCGGCGGCGGCGGUGGCGGCGGCGGCGGCCACAUCCCCGAUUCGGGGUACGGUUGGUGACUUUGGGCAGCGGGAGGCCGUCGGGACGCCACAUGCCGCUGCUCUCGGCGAGCUUGGAGACCGCACGAUCGAGCCCCCCUCGCCUCCACCGCCGAAGCAGCAGCAGCAGCAGCAGCAGCAGCAGCAGCAGCAGCGGCAACCCGAACCCGUGCGAGUGAAGUGGGGGGUGCGGGGAGUUGGCGGCGGUGGCCUUGACAUCUCGAAAGCCGGCGGGGGUAUUGCGAACGACGCGGCUGUGCUGGUCGACGUGCAGACGUACUCGAGUCUCUUCCCCCAACGCGGAAUGGGUGUCUGGCGGGGGCAUGGAUCGGCAGUGGCCCAGGUGCUCAUCGUUGGGGACCACGGGUUCGAGCCAUCGGGACCGCUGGUCUUGCAGGCGGAGGCUGCUGUUUCCAUCGAAACGGCUACCGUCAAGCGUGGCAGCGGCGUGGUUCCUGACAGGGCUCUGUCGAUCAGCCUGGAGAUUCCCACCGUCCAUUCCCUCAAGGGAAUCUUCGAGGUAAAGAAGACGAACGCGUCCGGAAGUCCCCUCAUGGCCGUGUUCCGCAAGCCCGGGGAUUACUGGCUGGUGGACCACCUCUCCAAAGCACGCCUCAGGGUGACGGCAACCAAGCGCUCCGAGGGGGUUCUCCGAGCGAAAGACGGCGCGGCCUCCGCCGCCGCCGCAGCGGCAGAGCCUCGGCCGUCGCCGCCGUCGGAGAACAGCACGGGACGGGACUGUGACGGUGCGGCGAGAGUCUCGAAGCGGCAGCAGGCCGCCGCCCCUGCUCCCUCGUCGCCGGGAGUCGGCGUUGUCCCCGCGGCGACGCGAAAGCUCUCGCCCGGGCCCGACAAAGUGGCUGUCCCGGGCAUGACCCAGCAGAACAAGGAGUCGGCUCGACCCGAGGAACAAGCUACCGGACGCUCGGAGGGGCAGGGGGGGGGCACGUACGCCACGGUAGCAGGAAGCGCCACGAUCCCGUCGCGCGAGAGGACGGUUGGCGGCGGUCGGGCGCUGUUGUCCACCCUUCGGGGGGCGAAUGAGACUCGCCCCCAAGGCGAAGAGAGCGCUAGCAUUGACCGAAGCCCUGCAGAAGGGAGGUUGCCUCUCGCCGUCGCCGUCGGCGAGCCCGCCGCCGGUGGGGCUCUCCCAUCCCCAGGAAACGGCGCCGGCAGGGCUAUAGCGGGUGGUGCAGAUGGCGGGAUAGCAUUUGUCGGCGGUGGCGUUGACGGAGGCGUUGACGGAGGCGAUGGCGGUGGUGGCGGAGGUGCAGGGUUUUCCCUCGACAUAUCGGCGGUUUCUUUCACACCUCGCGAACCCGGCGACGAUGAGAGCAAAGGCGCCCCCGCCACCGUUGUUGGAGACGCCCGCAAGCCAGCGCUGAGCCCCCGGAGCGAAUUUUAUCAGGCAGCAGUGGCCGCCAUCGACGCCAGCGCGCCCGCUCCCGAACCUCAGACUUCGACUCUGUUCCAGGCUGUAAGCGCUGCUACAGCCGGCGACGCGGCCGUGGCCAGCGCCGCUAGGAAGCCGUCGUCUGCCGCCGCGAGCACUCCUCCGAUCCCGCCAAUCGUGGGUAAGCCGCCCGCGGCCAUGUCGGCCCUGUACGAGGCCGCUCUCGCCGCCACUACGGCAUUGUUGCCCCCAGAUGCUGGAACCUCCCGCCCUCAACUUCGCGCUGAAGCUCGCGGCACCGGUUCGGACCAACGGUCCCGACCUCGUGAACUAUUUCCAUCAACAGCAGGUGGUCGGACCCCAACCCCCGCUGCCGUACAGGUAGGCGAACAACAGGCUUCGGCUGCAACCCCCCACCCCGAGACGCGGUCAGCUCCUCCUCCUCCUGCCGUAACAGCGCCUUCUGCAGCACCGCCGCCCGGCCUCACUCCCUGCGGUUGUUGUUCUUCGACUCCUACCGAAAGACACCAACCCACCACCGCCGCGACGGCUGCACCGUCCCCGUCACCAUCACGGUGUCCUCCUUCUUCCUCUACUGUCCGCCAGGGUGGAGCGACCUUCUGUCGUGCGAACCCCGAACCUUCCGUGUCCGCACCCCCCCAAGCGCAUGGGGCGCAGACCACCCGUCAGGGCGUGGCUCCGACUCACGGGUCUGCUCGAGGCGUCACCGCCGCCGCCACUCCCGCCAUCGCGGAUGCCACCGCCCCGGAGACCCUCACGCCGUUCGUUGUUGUCCGCGACGAGCGAAGCAUGUCAGACGCGGUCGGAAUGCUUACGGUUAGGGGGGAGAGCAACAACAAGUCUGAGGCGGGAGACGGGGGGGGUCAAGGAGGAGUAGGAGGAGGAGGAGGAGGAGGAGGAGGAGGAGGAGGAGGAGGCACCGGGCGCCUCAGUAAGGCGCUGGAAGGGACAGGACCGGUGGCGGUUCGCCUUAACGGCACCAACUUGGGCGCGUCGGAUGGCGUGAUCUCGACUAUUCAGGUCGCAACUGGAGCAGCGCCUUCGGUAGUGGUUUUCGACGUGCAGUCCCUGCUCAACACACCUCAGGGCAAGCGGGUCCUCUGCACGGAGCUACGCCCGGUGCUCGAGGAUGCUGACAUCGGCAAGGAGAUGCACGACGCGCACGACCACAUCGUGGCCCUUGCUCGCCUCCUCCAAGGACUGGGUCUACGCCCGCGGAUCAACUCCGUCAUGGACCUGCAGCUGGCGCACGAGGCGCUCUGGGGGGACCCGCUCAACAGCUUCGAGGAUGCUCUCCGGGCCUUCUGCGUGUGCCGGAACCCUCGCCGGAUGUUCUCCAUGGACGGCGAGUGUGACAGUCCGCCGAGCGAGGAGGCCUUGCAGCUGGCGGCGGACGGCGCGGCUCGACUCGGCGAGGCCUGCCAGCUGGCCAGGGUGGCUCUGAUCGCCGCCGGACAGCAAGAGCACCACCGAGACCAGCGACUGAACAACGUUUUCAAAGCCUCUCAGAUGAAGGUCGACUCCGCCACGAACACCAAACGGGAUGGCUGGCGGCGCAUGACGUUCGUCGAUGUGGGGGACGGGAGGGCCGUGGAGGGAGGCGCCAAGACUCUCGCCAGCUACGAACUCCAGAAGGCAAGCAGGGGGUUGGGCAAUUUCCUGUACACUGCGCAGAACAAGAGCGCCAAGGAGCAUGCGGAGAGGCGCCGCGCCUGGAACGAUGACGUGGAGGCGGAAGCGCUAUCGUCGCCAUCCUCUCGAAACGCCCCGGACAAGAAAAAAGGGUCCACCACCGCUAGGCAGGGCCUGUCGGAGCCCGGUUCGUCCCAGCAGAGACGGGGGUACGAGAGGGACGGCAGAAGAAUGCAGGAGACGACAAUCACCUUUGGCACCCUGGACGGCUCUCUGUCCAACGGGGGGACGGGAAGCUCGGAAGUAGGUGACUUGGGCCUCGGGCUUGGCGGCGGAGAGAGCGGAGGAGGGUCCCGCCCUCAUCCCUUGAUUGAUGGCACGUCCCCCCUGGGGAACGGCUAUGAGGACGACGAGGAACAGAGAGAAAGUGUACACAAGACGCGAGCCUUCAAUCGACAACACCGGCGCUUUCGACGCCUCCGAUCGCAGGACUUGCCGUCACCCGCCUCCUACCAAAGAAGGGCCGCCGGCACGAGCCAAGGCGCCUCGAACGGUAGCGGUAGCGGUAGCGGUAGCGGCGGUACCGGCGGCCGUAGGCGUCAGGUUCAGCAGCAGUCGUGGGGUGCUGGUGGAGAGGACGACGUGUUGGAACUACUCAAGCACAUGCCCAAAGUAUUCGUGAACGAUAUCAUGGCCCACAGACGCAAGCCUCCCAAGUACUGCACGUGCCGAGGCAGGGGCAAGGUGUACCUGUGCAAGGACCGCGGCGUGCUAGUGACUCGAUACCACCUCAACUGCGUCGUGGGCAAGCUGGAGCACUUGGGCCUCUUCGGGAGGGACAACAUGGCGGGGUUCGACGGACUGCUGCAUAGGGUGGGGGUGAUGCGGGACAAGGGCGGCAAGAUUUACGGGGUGACGAUUCGCGUGGGCCGAUACGCCAAGGGCAUGGCAGACAUGGUCGACGACCUCCUGUUCAACCACCACGUUGCAAAAAAGCGAGCAUCCCAGGCGCCGGCUUCGAUUCUGGUCCUGGGCAGGCACGGAGCCGGGAAGACGACGCUCGUGCGAGACAUGUGUCGAAAGCUUUCGUCCCACGAGACUGUGGUGAUCGUGGACACGAGGAGCGACAUCGGAGGCGCCGGCGUCGUCCCUCACAGGGGCGCUAUCGGGGAAGAGAGCCGCAGGGUCAUGGUCCCGCAAGGGACGCAGCAGCAUGAGGUUAUCCUCCAAGCCUACCGAAACCACAACCCUCAGACAGUCGUGGUGGACGAGAUUUCCUCCCAGCUGGACGUCGAGGCUUGCAUGGCGGUCAAAUCCCGCGGCGUUCGUAUUGUAGCCGGUGCCGUGGGCGACCUGCCCUUCGUUCUAGACAGCCCGGAAAUCGGCGCGGCCCUCGGAGGAUUGGAGGAUAUACAACGCUCAGCCAAUGGAGAUGACGACAGCGACGACCAAAUGGAACGACGCGCGGGUUCGCCGGUGUUUGAGGCGGUGGUCGAGCUGGAGGGAAGGGCGGGAGGGGUGGCGCCGCAGGGGGCGGUGGUGGCGAACGUGGAGGCUGUGGUGGACGAGCUGCUGGACAAGGGGUGCGUGACGCGUCCCGAGAUGAGGGCGCCUGUGGGUGGAGAUGACGUCAUGCUUGAUGAGGACGCUGGAAAAGAUGCCGCGGGAGGGAUCGGGGGCCAUGGGUGCUGCACCCCCUUCUUGCGCAAAGUUUCACGCGACCAAGCGGACAAGUGGGUGUGGUAGGCCAGCCCUAUCGCAUGGAAAUAGACACAUUUGAGGAGCAAACGAACGCUAACACGACGAGCUGGACAUGCAUGUCGCUUUGGUAGACUGGCCCUAAGGCGUGGAAACACAAAUGUAGAGGAGAGCAUCGAACUACUGUUGCUAUUUGAUCGGGGGGAAAAAACGAUAGGCGACAAGGGUGUUGAACCCCGCGGUUAGUCGCAGACGCACGUUUGGUGAUCGGCAUGGGGAGAAUGGUUGACCUGCACAAGGCGGGGGAGUCUACAAUGUUGCACUGCUACCCACCCAUUUGACGUAUCUACGUUUUGCGAAAGUUGCGAAGGGCGCUAUCGCCACUCCAGGGAGGAGGUGUCGCCGUUGUCCCGAACCUCAGCAACCGCGACCACUCCUGGCGUCUUCUAGCGAUGCCCAUCGCUGCCGAUCGAUGUGUUUCGGGUGAAACUGCCCUGUACUGUAGGGUGUAUGGUGUUUGGUCAACGGAGGCGAGAGGGUUGGUCGUCGCUGAGUCAUGGAGAUGACGAAGUUUACUUCUGGGGGCAAACGACUUGUAGAAUAGGGUUUACACAACAGAAGCGAGCGGCGAUCACACCGCGGGUUGUGUUGUUCUUUUUACUCUGCGGACGGAAUUAUGUUUAUUUACAAUUGGACGAAAAAUUUGCGUUGUGCUAGUAGGACACAGAAUGACAGAAGUGCGGACGCAUGAUAUAUGAUCAAUGCACAACACAGGAAUAGCUCGAUCUCCGAAACGGGGGCACACAAAUCGGAGAUUGAAUAAUGGAAUUUUUUCAAUCACCUUUGUUAUGGGAAGGUACAGUUGCCAUGAUCUGGGCCGGCGUGGCAAGGACCUACGUUGUUCGUUGCAUGCAUCAGGUGUACCAGUAGAAAUGUAGAGAGUGUAAG